AUGGCCAGUUUCAGUAACCCCAAUCCGGCAGUUCCUGCCAAUUUCGAUAAGUACAACCUAGCCAAAAGUCAAGUUUUCUUGCUAGAAAUGAAUGAAUUAAUGAAGUUGAGGGAUGAGGUUCAGGGAGAGAUAAAUAGACAUGCAUGGGAAGCAGCUCAACAUCAGAGAAAAGAGGAAGAGAAGAAGAGGAGAGAAAAUGAAGAAACUAAAUCUCUUUUUGCUGCUUGGGUGCCGAAACAUUUUGCACGAGUUGAUCGGAAAGAAGAUGAGAGAUCUUUGAAGCACCAGAAAGGUCCAAAGUAUGGAAGUUCAACUGAGAGUGAUUCAGAGGAAGGCAGUGAUGAUGGAUUUGAGUACCCAUUGGAGGAAGUAAACACCAGUGAAGAGGAUUCUGAUGCUGCUGAGGACAUGAAGAGGAUGGAGAGGUACUUUGAUUGGAAACUGCGCAGGAGGUUUAAUUAUGAGCAUGACAAUCCAAAAAUCUUUGCCAGAACCAUGCGAGAAGGAGAACCCAAUGAUGAUGAGAGAGCCCCUUCAAGGAUAUUUCCCAUAACUACUCGUGGAGAAGAAUCCAGUGAUGAUGGUGAAGAGCUUCCGGAUGUUGCCAGUGAUGAAGAUGAUAAUGAGGAAGAUAGUGAUGAGAGUACCUCUUCAGGAGAUGGUGGCACUUCUUCUGAUUCAUCAGGCAGCAGUUACAGUGCACAAUAUGAAGAGGAUGAAGGCUGGAGUUACGAUGAAGAGGACUUUUAG